AUGGAAACAAACGUUGUGAUGUCAUUAUACGAUUACUUGUAUAUAUUGUUUGAUGACUAUAUUGUGAAAAGUAAUAAGGAUUUUAAAACUUAUAAAUCAAUUUUUCGUAAGAAAGAAUUUACGGAGUUUGUAAAAAAUUAUUCUGAUAUAAGAAAAAUACCAUCCUUUCAAGUAAUAAGCAAUAAGGAUGAAAUAAUAGACGAAUUGAUAUAUGCAUUCAAACUGUUGGGGAAAUAUGUAAGUGGUUGUGAUAUGUUUUCCAAAAAUGAAGAAGUAGAUGAUAUUAACACGAAGUAUUUAAAAUUAUUAUUAAUUCCACACAUACUAGGAGUAUUAACUUAUGAAACUAUAAAUAUGAACAUACGUUAUGAUCGACUAAAAGAUUCUAAAUUGUAUUUUAAUGAAUAUAUUAGUAUUAUAAACAUUUAUAAAAUAAUUCUAAUGGAUGAUUACUUAUUAGAUGAGGAGGAAAAUAACGAUAAUGCAAUAAAUAGAAGGAACAUAAAAAUUAGGAGAGCAAAAGAUGAAAAAAAAUACCAAGAAAUAUAUCAUGAAAUAGUUAGAACAAAUUUAAAGAAAAAUACUAAUCAAAAUUAUAACGAAGAUGAUUGUACAACAGAUGAGGAUUAUAGAGAAUUGUAUUUGUCUUUAAUCAAAUACAAAUGUAUACAAACGUUGAACAUGAUAGAUUUAAUAGAUAUAGAACUGCAGAUUUUGGAAAUGCGAGAUAGGGAACAAAAGAAAAAAGAAGAAUUAAAAAAUUGUAGUAAUGAUGAUAACAUUAUUCAUACUACUAAUAAAAACGACUCCAUAAAAAAACCAUGGCUUUUUACCAUUAAAAAAAAUAUGCAAAUAUCGGACAUUACUCAAAUUCGAAACUAUUACAAAGACCUCGUCUUCAAACCAUCUCACAACUUACCGACAAUAUCUUUAGAAGAAUGUGCGAAAAUUGAAAUGGAGUAUGCCUUAAAAGGGAGUAACAGCGCCAAUGGUAAUACUAAUAGUAAGAUCAAAGAGAGCAAAAUAAAUGGUAGUAAAUACAACCAAGUUUAUAGUGAAGAUGAUGAAGAUGGUGUUAAAAAUGACGUCAAUGAUGAGGAUUAUUAUAAAAAAUGCUCAAAAAAGGAAAGAGAAAAAGAAAUUUUCGAUAAGGAAUGGGACGACUGGAAAGACUUACACCAAAAAGGAAUAGGAAAUAAAAACAGAAAUAUUGCAUAA